CUUUUCCACUUUAUAAUAUUCUUUUGAUUUUACUCUGUUUCUUCACUUUCUUGACUCUGUUUUCUUGUUGAAGUUAAGAGACAAAAAGAUGAAUUGCUUUUGCGUUACCGGAAAGAACCAAGUCAAAAGCAACACCCAGAACCCCACCAUUUCCAAUUCUACUUCCGCAAGAAAUGGAAAUAUGGAGUCUCGGGUGAAUGCGGAAAAUGAUGAAGUUGCUGUGGAAUUGAUGAAUUUAACUUUAAACGACGGGGUUUCCGGUGAACCGUCGGUACAGAAAUUCUCUUUUGAUGAACUUAUAGCUGCAACAGACAAUUUUAGGUCAAGUAGCGUUUUGGGUCAAGGAGGUUUUGGCACAGUUUACAAAGGGUACUUGCCAAAACAAAAGAGUGUAGCUAUAAAGCGACUUGACCCAAAAGGUGGACAAGGAACCGAGGAAUUUAUUGCUGAAGUGAAGACAUUGUGCAAAGCAAAGCAUGAAAAUCUAGUCAAAUUGAUUGGAUAUUGUGCUGAGGGAGAGCACAAGCUAUUAGUUUAUGAGUACAUGCAAUGGGGAUCUGUGGAAAGCCAUUUGUUUGGUCGUCCACUUGGCAAACAACUUGGAGUUCUUGAUUGGAACACAAGGAUAAAAAUAGCACUUGAUGUAGCAAAGGCAUUGAAGUAUUUGCAUGUGACAAUGAAUCCUCCUUAUGUAUACCGUGACCUAAAAUGCUCAAACAUUUUGUUAGAGGCUGGAUAUAAAGCAAAGUUAUCUGAUUUUGGGUUUGCUAGAAUAGGCCCAAUUGGUGAUAAGAGACUUGUUACAACAAGGAUUUUGGGCACAUAUGGAUAUUGUGCACCUGAUUAUAUUAACACAGGUCAUUUGACAUUUAAGUCAGAUAUUUUUAGCUUUGGAGUUGUUCUUUUGGAGCUUAUAAGUGGUAGAAGAGCUGUUGAUGAUUCAAAACCUGACGAUGAAAAAGAUCUGGUUUCAUUGGCAAGGCCUAUAAUAAGAGAUAGGAGCAGAAUAAAAGAAAUAGUUGACCCAUUGCUCGAAGAUAAAUAUCCAUGGAGAGGUUUAUACCAAAUGAUUGGUAUUGCCUCAUUCUGUCUUGACGUGCGUCCUAACAUGAGGCCUGAAAUAGCUGAUAUUGUCAAUGCUCUACAAUACGUUUAUUCCAAAGGGUGUAAAGAUCAACCAGAAAGUUAUUCACGUUUUACUAGAGUGAGAAAAAGAUCUACAUCUGCAGAGAAGGGCAAAGCAAAAGUAACAAACUAGCUAGGAAUUGUUGAUUACAUUGUUUUUCUUUCAUAAGUUUCUUCUUUGGUCAGAAUUUGUAUAAUAAUAUUGCACAUAUCAACUCUAUUAUGGGCCACCUCUAAUCAUGAUUGCUUGUUAAGAUUCAA